UCGGUUUUAAAAGGAGACCCUCGGUGCGCCUCGUGUUAAUUGCACGUGUUAAUUUAUUAUUAUUAUUAUUAUUAUUAUUAUUAUUAUUAUUAUUAUUAUUAUUAUUAUUGGGAGCUUUAUUUGGUCCCCUUGCUUUUUAAAUUCAGAAGUUUUUAUCCUCUCAAUGUGGUAUUGUUACCUGUGAAUGAUUUAUCAACACAAUAAAAACCUGGCAUUCUUAAAAGUAGGAUGGGAGGCGAUGCAGCCCUGAGAUCUUCGAUUUGAGCGGCUGGGUUCGGGUCUCCUUUGCUCAGCCUGUGCUGUGACCAUGAGCCCGUGCAGAGCCCCCGAGACGACCCGGUCCCUCCAGUAAUGAGGUGCAGAGAUGUGGGGCGCUCCCGUCAUCCACCUGCUCACUGUCUCAGUGCUGUGGGGCUCCGAGAUUUCAGCGGGGAAGAUGUUGAAGGACACCCUGGAGGAAUGGAAGCGAUAUCACCUGGAGUGUCACAAGAAGAUGAUGUAUGACCCCUACCCGCUAGGUGUGUUCUGUAACCGCACGUUUGACAAGUAUGCUUGCUGGAGUGACGGUCUGCCCAACACCACAGCGAAGGUACCCUGCCCGUGGUAUCUGCCCUGGUACGACCAAGUUCGGAAUGGCUUUGUCUUCUGGUACUGCGGCUCGGACGGUCAGUGGCUCAUUAACAGCUCUGGAUAUCCCUUGAGAGACUAUUCCCAGUGUGCAUUGGACGACAGUCUCCCGAAAGCACAGGAGGAGCAGAUGAGACUCCUGGACUAUUUCAGGGUCAUGUACACAGUCGGGUAUUCGCUGUCUCUCGGAGCUCUGACGCUGGCGCUCGCAAUCCUCUUGUCAUUCAGAAAGCUGAGAUGCACUCGGAACAACAUCCACAGCAACCUGUUUGCCUCCUUCAUAUUGAGAGCGAUCUCCAUCCUCACACGGGACGUCCUGCUGCUGAGACAGACCAGAGAGCUGAGAGAAAACCGUGACCCAACCGUCAUGCUGAGCAACCAGGCUCUGACUGGCUGCAGACUGGCCCAGGUGCUCAUGCAAUACUUUGUGGUCGUGAACUAUUACUGGCUGCUGGUGGAGGGGCUGUACCUGCACAACCUGCUGGUGGUGAUGGUGUUCUCACAGAAGAGCUACUUCAGAGGCUACCUGUUCAUCGGCUGGGGAAUCCCAGUUUUGUUUGUAGUUCCCUGGGUCGUGGUCAGAUACCUUUAUGAAAACAAUCAGUGCUGGGAAAUAAACGAGAACAUGUCCUAUUGGUGGAUCAUACGCUCUCCUAUACUCCUAGCUAUUCUGAUAAACUUUUUCAUAUUCAUCCGGAUUAUACAGAUUCUUGUUUCCAAACUCCGAGCACAUCAGAUGAGGUACACGGAUUACAAAUUCAGGCUGGCGAAGUCGACCCUCACCCUCAUUCCUCUCCUGGGGAUUCACAAGCUGGUGUUCGCUCUCAUCACGGAGGAGCAAGUCGAAGGAACGCUGCGCAACGUCAAGUUCUUCUUAGAGCUCUUCCUCAGCUCUUUCCAGGGGCUGCUGGUUGCCAUUCUGUACUGCUUUACCAACAAGGAGGUGCAGUCGGAGAUCAGGAAGAAAUGGCAGAGGCGGAAUCUGGGUGCGAGCCUGCUGGACGAGCACCGCAACACCUACAGCAACAUGCCACAGGGAGGCGCCGGCGAGCCAGAGGCUGGGGAUGCGGGAAAUGGGAUCUGCCGCCACGGGCCCCUGUGCCAGUCUGCCUCCCAGCAGCAGCUUGACACCAACACAGAGUCCCACAGCUCUUCAGACAACUCGUCCUCCGGUCCACAGCACCACCACACCGGAGCCAAGAAGGGCAAGUCCUUCUGUUACAUCUCCACUCGCAAGCUGCCCCCCAGCAGCCUGGACUGCCUGCCCCCCAGCACCAGCGGAGCAGCGGAGGGCAGCGUUGCGGGCCAGUGCACUGAGAGCUACUGCUGAGAGGCUUUUCUGUUCACAUCCCUUGUUCGUUUAGCGAGGAGCUUCUAAGUCAGUGUAUCCAUGUGUUUCCCUUCCGGUGUCUCCAGUGGAUCUGGGUUUAGUUCCUCUUGUAUUAAGCAUACUUUAUCACUCCCUUUACAUGGCUUUGAGCUUGCCCAAAGAACAAAGGAGGAGGAGUCGCUAUGACGGUAACUGAACCCAGAAUCACUCGGCGUGACACUGUUACAUAGCAACGGAAAUGUAAUAGAUAAUGUUAGGUUACCAUAUUUACUUAAUUCAGUGCUACAAAAUGUAUUAAAUACUGCCUUGAAGACUUUUGAUAAUGUAACAUGUCAACGAAAUGACAGCUACUUUUUAAAAACCAUUGGGUUUUUCAGUAUAUAUCAGUGGAGUUUCUAAGGGCAUAGUGUCUGAAAGAGUUAUUCUGCACAACGUAAGCAGUGAUACUGAAUGGUAUUUAACAAGAAAUAAGGAGACGGUGGAUUUGAAAAGGCUUCUCUGGCUUGUUUUUUUAAUAACCACCUUCUGCUGCAAGACCAGUCGGCGGACAUCUGCUCUUUUAACUUGCGUCCCUCCAUGCAGAAUAUCAGUGCAGCUGGAUGCUUGUUUCGGAUAUAUCUUACCAAUGGCAAACUAAAAGACCUUGGAUUUACAGGUUAAAUGGUUUGGUCCUCCAAUCCUCUAGGGGGAGCCUGCAAAACCUGCCAAAAAGAAUAUAUUUUUUUUCUUUGUAAAAUUUUUACCUCGGGAUUAAUAUUCUAUUAACAAUUCGUUUUACCUCCAGCAAUGUGGGGCCAGGAGUCUUUCUCGGCUACAGUUUGGAUUGUGUGUGUUGUUGUUGUUGUUGUUGUUGUUGUUGUUGUUGUUGUUGUUUUGCUCGGGAUGUGUCUGUAAUGUUACUAUUGAUAGAACCUUUUUAAAUUGAGUUAGGCAGUAUCGACUUUUAAAUCAAGAUUCCUAGCUCCUCAUGAAAGGCACAUUUAAAAUAAUAAUAAUAAUAAUAAUAAUAAUAAUACUUACUGUGACGUUUUAUAUGCAAUUUUCCAGACGGUUUUGAAAAAUAUCUUGUGUAGCAUUGUGCUUUGGCAGUCCAACAAUAAGACUUUGGCUGCUGCAGUUCUGCUAAUGCACCAACAGGUGGUGUUCUUGCGCUACAUUUCUGACAGCAGCGGAAAGGAAUAUCUGCUAGAAACUGUCCUGAGGGCAUCGGAUGAUUCUAGGGCAUUUGCCAAGAACUCCCACCUUUCACUUCCCGAGCUCGGCACCGCUCCGACAUCGACCCACCCUGACCCUAACCCAACCCCAACCCCAACCCCAACCCCAGCCCUAAAACUUAACCCUAACCCAAUACCCUAAACCUAACCAUUAAGAAUCAUCUGAAGACAGUUUAUAGUGGAUAUUCCUUUGUGCUGCGUUCUGACAGCACAGCAGUGGCCUCUGGUGGUUGUUGAAAGCAUUGUAGGUGAAGUGGAGAGAAUUUUUUUUUAAAAGUGCCAGACCUAAUAAUCACUGUCUUGGUGAUUUUUUUAUUUUUUAUUUUUUUUAAAAAUGUUUUAUUUAUUUUUAUUAUUAAGUUUGACAAUGUUUAUAAAACGCUGGUGCCAAAACAAACAAGUGGUGGUUAGGGUCACAUAUGAGGUCAUUUUUCAAAAUUCUAAAUACAACAGACACAAACCACAAGCUUACUGUGAACUUAAACAUGGUCAUCUAACCCUUAUCUAACCCUUACAGCAAAGUCCUGGUGUAGCUGGGCGUGCAGGCAAAUGUUUCCCUUCAAAUGUUAAAUCUAUUUAAAGCACUAUAACUAAUAUGGCGUUUUCAACACAGGUUCUUGCAAUGUGUGACUAUUGGGCAGAUGUAGUUGCAUUUUUAGAGAUGUGGGUUCUAGAUAUGAAGUUUCUGUUUUUCAUUCACACCCGACAUGGGGGGGGGAGGAGGGGUCUGAGUUUUACAGGUAGAUAUUUAAACAUCCAUAACUAUUAUUUUACAAACAUUUCAAAGAAACUUAAUACAUUAAAUGACAACCAAGUCUUUUUCGAUGUGUAUUAAGACUCAAAACGUUUGUCAUUCAAUUUAUUCUGUAGAUAUUUAAACACUGUUGUAUGCCAACCGAAAAUGAACACAGGGUUUUUAUAGAUGGGUUCUAUUAACGUUGCUCGGAGUGGUAUUAAAACCGGGAUAUUAUUGCAUCUAUCUAUAGAUAUAGAUAUAGAAAUAAAUACAAUUUAGAAACAUCAUUGAUAAACUGAUAACUCGCUGUUGUAAUAAAUUAGCUGCAACGUUUGGGCUUCCGAUUUCCCCAGAGAGGCUGGUAGAUGAUGAUGAGGAUGAUGAUGAGGAGGAGGAGGAUGAGGAGGACGAGGAGGAGGAUGAUGAUGAUGAUGAUGAUGAUGAGGAGGAGGACGAGGAGGAGGAGGAGGAGGAGGAGAAGGAUGAUGAUGAUGAGGAGGAGGAUGAGGAGGAGGAGGAUGAUGAUGAUAAUGAUGAUGAGGAGGAGGAGGAGGAGGAUGAUGAUGAGGAGGAUGAGGAUGAG